AUGACAACCUCCGCCGAUAUUCGCGAGUUCAAAGUCGACAUUCCCCGUGAGGAAGUCGAGCGACUAAAGCGAAAGCUGAAUGACACAAGACUUCCUGGGCGUGAAAUCAUGCCUGGCGCCGGAACUCUUUACGGUGUGUUCCUCAAACUUUAUUUCAAAGUUAGCGAUGAACAUCUUACGCCUGGGCACGAGCUGCUCGAGCAAUGGCGACACAACUUCGACUGGUAUAAGGCUCAGGGCCAGAUUAAUGAGUAUCCGCAUUAUCUAUGUUCAAUCGAGGGAUUGGACAUCCAUUUCUUGCAUGCGUGCGCAGAAAACCCCAAUGCUAUCCCUCUACUUCUUGUGCGUGGCUAG